AUGUUUUCGCAUAAUCUACAAAUUCAGUCUUCAUCAUUUCUUUUAUGUUUACUUGAAAAUGUAGUUUCCUACGUGUUUUUAACAGUCGCAGUGUUAGCUACAGUUAUAGCGAUAUCCUUCAUAAUCGGGAGUUACGUGAAAUACUAUCAAGCCGGACAAUAUCACAUCGAAUCCAGUGAGAGAGCAUUGCUCCGAAAAGGUGAAGACACGCCAAUGGGAUCUUUCCCCCGAGGAGACGACGAAGAAGGCCCCAUAAUUCCCAGGUCCGACUCAGACAGAAGUUGCAGCGACUCACGAAAGAAAGGUGGCCGUUCCUCUUACAGCAAAAGAGGUGGAGGUACCCUCGAAAAAGACAAGAGUCAUCUACGAAAUGGAGGUGUAACCGCCCUAUCACCGUCGGGCACUCCUACACGCUCCAUCAGCGGACUCUAUUCAGCAGUGGCUAUGGAAACACCCAGAAAGAGUUGGGCGUCAGUAGGUCCAGCUAGUCUUGACCUCGACGAGGACGAUGAUACGAGACCAAGCAGUUCUUGUCGGUCUCAGGCAGCUAGCCAGCAGUCGUCGCUCAAAAUGGAACCCAUGGAAACCCAUAGGGUUUUUACCGAUAGAUUUAGUGAUGACGUCGAACACUAUGUGGUCAACAACGAUGAAUACGCAGUCGUGCGUAAACAAACAAAAGGUGCCGAGGAGAUUUACGCAACACCUCUGGACAAUAUGGAACUCCGACACCAAUUUCAGGUGACCACAGGACCUUACUAUGCCAAACGUCAAAACACUCAAAGACCUACGUUAGCCUUCACAGAGCAAAGUAAAUGUGUCGAGUGGGAGGAUGAAUAUUUCUGA